AUGGUGGUGAUUGGUGGAUGGUGGUGGUUGGUGGUGACAGGUGGUGGUUUUUGUAGGUGGGGUUGGGGCUGGUGGCGGCGGGUGGUGGUGAUGGGUGGUAGUGGUGGGUGGGUGGUUGCGAGUCGUGGUGAUAAUGAUGGGUGGUUGUUUUGGUGGGUGGGUGUGGGUGGUGGUGACAGGUGGUGGUGGUUGGGUGGUGAUGAUGGUGGGUGGCGGUUAUGGUGGGUGGGUGGAGGUGGGUGGUGGGUAGUGAUAGGUGGUGGGUGUUGA